AUGUCUGCAUCUGAAUGGCUAUUAAUAGAUGUGUUCCGAGAAUAUAGAGACUUGGCUACUGUUAACGGCGCCGGUAUUGACAGUAUUUAUGGCAUUUAUGCUGAUUGUUUGCGGGCCCGGGAGGGCAUUCGCUUCAAACGCAAGUUUAUCAACUAUUUACCUGAAACUGCCAAAAAUUAA